UCCAAUCAACCAUUUCGCCAUCCUUAUAUACAACAUUCUCUGAAUCCAACUAUCCGGCAUCAUAAAAGAAUUUGACAUCAUUUGCUUUUGUAUAUUUACAGCAGUGUUCAUCAAGAUUGAAGGAUGGGCGAUUUUUCUGAAAAAGAAGGGCUCCAGAGAGUCUCACCCAUGCAUCUAAGUCACUGUUGCUGUCAGAAAGUUGGGUUGACUUACUCAUCAAUUGUGGCGCAAAGCAACGACAAGCACGAGACCACUUCCUCAUGCACGACUAUCAACAACAUCCUUAUGGAGUCAUCACCAAAUACAACAGAAGGGCUCCAGAGAGUCUCACCCAUGCAUCUAAGUCACUGUUGCUGUCAGAAAGUUGGGUUGACUUACUCAUCAAUUGUGGCGCAAAGCAACGACAAGCACGACACCACUUCCUCAUGCACGACUAUCAACAACAUCCUUAUGGAGUCAUCACCAAAUACAACAGAAGUGCUCCAGAGAGUCUCACCCAUGCAUCUAAGUCACUGUUGCUGUCAGAAAGUUGGGUUGACUUCCUCUUCAAUUGUGGCGCAAAGCAACGACAAGCACGACACCACUUCCUCAUGCACGGCUAUCAACAACAUCCUUAUACAGUCAUCACCAAAUACAACAGGCAAUAAGGAAAACUCGGCCAAUCAAAUUCAAGGAAAUUCACCAGCUUCCAGAAAAAGAAAGUCAUCUCGAAGAAACUGCUGCCCCUACUGCAAAAGACUCAUUACGAACUUCGGUCGACAUCUUGUAGCAGUUCAUCGUGAUGAAGAAUCCGUGCAAGAAUAUCUCAAUAUAAGAGGAGAGAAUUUGAAAGAUAGAGCUCAUAAACGAGCUGAAAUUUCUAACAAACUACGAAAAGAAGGUAAUUAUAUGUAUAGUACUUCUCACAAGCAGUCUAUCAUACCAACAAAGAGGUUGUCAGUAGAUGAGCCGCAAACCAUUUCAAACAAUAAUACACAUGUGUGCUGUAAAUAAAUAAAUAAAUAUAAAAAAUAAAUUAUAAAACUUAUGUAUGAUGAAGAGCCGGCUUUGAAAUAUCGAUCUUUACAACAAGUAUGCACUUAUGUAAGUAACAUUGUGACCAAUAAGUUGGCCAUUUCAACCUCAGAUAAGGAGAAAAUUCGUAGAAAUUUUAUGAAAUGAGACCCAUUCCAUGCAGCAAUAAUUCCUAUAGUCCAUUCACGAUGGUUUGAGACGAGAUAAACAAACGCUGUGCAUGUGUGUGAGUGAGUCUGGGGUGGCUUCGUUUCAGCCACGACAUAAACAAGUCACAGCAAUGCCGAAAUCCCAAAUUUUGUCGUCGGGGAAACCCAAAUUAUGGCUGUAACCAAAGCAUUGACACAAAAACGUUCAUAAACGUUUUAUGAAACGUUUGUUCUGAACGAAUUUUAUGAACGUCUUGUGUCAAUGCUUUGGUUACAGCCAUAAUAAUUUCGGUUUCCCCGACGACAAAAUUUGGGAUUUCGGCAUUGCUGUGACUUGUUUAUGUCGUGGCUAAAACGAAGCCACCCCAGACUCACUCGCACACACACACACACACACACACACACACAGCGUUUGUUUAUCUCGUCUCAAGCCAUCGUGAAUAGAUUAUAGUUUUUUAUAAGUCUGUAAAGAUUUAACCGUGAUUAAAUGCCACAAAAACCAAUAAGAGAAACCUUUCUUUAAAAAAGAGCCUUCUCUGGUUGGUUCUUGUGGCAUUUAAUCACAGUUUUAACAUAACAAGAGUUACGGACAACUAGGGGUUGUUUUAACAAUAUUUUAAACAUAAAAAUGUUAUGCAUCCAGACAAAUAAGACACUGACAAACUAAUAAUCAAUAAAUUGUCACAUUAAAGCUCUUAUUUUCGUGUCGAAAACAUUGAUUGAGCAUUGCCAUAAUGUUUUUUCAAAUCUCUCUUAUAUUAUUUCUAGUUUCUUAGUUAUUUUAUGGAAAUAUAUAACCAUACUAUUUCACAUAUUACAAUUUACAAUUAAAGCAUAACAAUGUAAACCAUAUGACAAUUUUCAACAUAAUUCUAUUUGAGUUUUGUAUUGAGAGAUUGAUGUAAUAUUUUGUGACAUUUAUGUGUGUGUCUUUAUGGUAGAUUUCAUAUUCAGAACAUGUAUUCAGAAAUCCAUUGACAACAAUAAGGUGUAUGUGAUUUUUUCAAAUUGCUAGCUUUUGUUCAAAUGUAGAAUUUUGAGUUGGAGCUUCAUACUUUUAUAAUUAGUUCAUAAGAAACAAAAUGUUCUUUUAAAUUUUGAUUGAAUUCAAAUGUACGAAUUAAUGAACUUGAAGUUCUACUACCAUAUUUUUGUACUGGUGUUUCAAACUUUAUUGUAACCAAAGAUAUGAGUUUCUUCCAAGAAGUAACCUUCAUUUUCAAGCUUUAUCUCAUUUACUGUAACUUUCUAGUCUGGCCAAGCAAAGAAGGCGCUCUGGCAAGAUGGAAAAAUGACUCCAGAUCAGUCAAUAUAGGUUCAAAAAUUAUAAAUUUCGUUUCAAAUUUUAAUGAACAAUUUGUGAUUAAAUUAGUAAUUUUUGAACUUGUAUUGACCAAGCUGGAGUUGUUUUCCUUUCUUGCCAGAGUGCCUUCUUUGCUCAACCUGACUAUAUCUUUAGAUUUAAAAAUAUUUCACUUGCAAAUAAUAUGAUAGAACAACCUAUUCAAACAACUUUAUUUGAAUGUUGUAGGUCUAUUAAGACAAGAGUUUUACUCAAGUUCCAAGAAUGUAUAUAUUUGAUUUUAUAUUCAGAUCAUGUAUUCAUAAAUUCAGAUUUGGAUCUGACAACUUUGCUAACUGUUAUAUUGCUUACUUUGAUUUUUUGGUUUCAAAUUUUUAUAACAUUGAAUUUUGUGUAGGCACUUCAUACUUUUAUAAUUAGUACAUAAGAAAAAAACAUGUUUUCAAAAAUAUUGAUUGAAUUGAAAUUUUGUAUGAAUUUAUGAACAAUAAAUAAAUAUACAAUUCUCAAAAUAAAUCUUUUCUUUCAAUGUUAGUUCCAAAAAGUAUUUUUCCGAAUUUGGUUGAAAUAAUUCUGUUGAAGCAUUAUUGAAGAAUAACUAUUGUCUAUUGAGUUUGAGAAUAGCGUAAAUUAGUUUUUCUAACAUAAAUAAAUAAUUUGCAUAUCUGCAGUUUAAAAGCAGGAAGGUAGUGUACGCUUAAACUUCUGUUGAUAUAAUUUUCAUUGCAAUUCUCUUCAUAGGGUUGGUUUCUGCAAUAAAGUUGAUCUGAAUUUCAGUUUAAAUCAUCAGCUGGCUCCCCUAACCAUUGAAACACAUGAUGAUAAAAAUAUUAAUUUGACCGUACACUAGCAGCUGAUAGUUUGAAUUAAAAAUUCAGGUGAACUUUUUUGGAGAAUCCUACCCUUACUAGUGAGUUUAUGACAGUUGACCAGUCAAGGAUGGAUAAGAAAGAAGUAAACAUCUGUUUACAAGGAUUAAAUAGUAGUUUAUGCAACGGUUGUAUAAUGAGAGCCUUUAACCCACGAG